AUUUUCCCCGCAAGACAAUCCGGAUAAUCCCCACUUCGACCUCCAUAAAUACUACUCUCCCUCCCACCAAGUAAGACAUCAGCUCUAAAUCCACCGAUCCGAGACAUCCCGCCACACAAACAGAAACAAAAAUACAAAAAUGUCCACCAAAAAGGAAUUCAUCUGCCUCGUCCCGGACAAGCCAGACGCGCUGCAGAAGCGUCUCGACGUCCGCGGCCAACACCUCGAAGGCGUAAAGCCUCUGGUCGCGAACGGCACAGUCGUCUGCGGUGGUGGAACGGUCGAUUCGCACCCCGUGCCCGGCGAGACCCCUUCCUUUAACGGAAGCGCUUUGAUCGUUCUCGCUGAGAGUGAGGCCGAGGUGAGGGAGUUGAUCGCUAAGGAUAUCUAUACCCGGAGUGGUGUCUGGGACGUUGAGAAAGCGCAGGUUAUUCCGUUUAUGUGUGCCGUUCGGGUUGGGGAUAAGGCUCUUCCUUAGGUCUUGGAUUUAGUUGGGUUUAUG